GUAAAGGUUGAAGGAAGAGGUGGUGAAAAUCUAUUCAUCAUGUGCAGCAUAUCCAUUCGUAUAUCCAUCGAUUCCCGAUGCCUCCAGCCUACAUACUUUUAUAAUCUGGUAAUGCCUUCCUUCCCAAACUCGUCAACUGUUUGUGAUGAAUCUCUAGAAAGAGCGACUUUCAUGGAGCUCGAUGGGCUUGGGAAGUGUGCUGGGAUUCGGCCUCGCCAGCUUGCCUGCCUUGUAGCAAUCCGCUCAACAUUUCAUUUGCACAUAUCCACAACUGGAGAAGGAACUGACUACCAGUCAGGAAAAUUCACCCAGCAAUCCCGCAAAUGAAGAUAUGAUUUCAUCGAUCUUCAUAUUGAAUAUAGAAGCGCGCCGGUUAUCC